GGCUCAAGCCAUUGGACGCUUUUUGAUCAAUUCAUUCCGUUUGAUCUUCAGCUCGAUGUGGCGCUUGGCCACGUUUGCUGUGUCCGCCGCCACUAGGUUGGCGGUAAUUGAGGUGAGCAAUUCCUCAACCUGCUGCUGCGUCCGGCGCGGAGACCAGCUCUUCUGCAACAGCAAAAGCAAAGGGAGUUGCCCAGAGGCCUGGGAGCCGGGUGAGAACGUCUUGCCCCCGGGGGAGCUGUCGAGCUGCAAGUUCGACGGUCUUCUCGGGCCCAAGGCGCAACGUUGCGAAGGCCAGACGGCCGCAUGCAGCUGCUCCAGCACGGUCGACGUGAACACCAGAAAUGGCCUGGUGAAGGGCACCUUGUUGGAGUCCGGCAGCCAGGAGAGAUUGGUGGCCGGCUUUUUCAACCUGCCGUUCGCCUUGUACGAGGGCAGGUGGAACUUUGCCAAGCCGCUGAAAGACGUGAGCGGGGAGGAAGCAUCUGACCAUUGCAGCCUGCCCUUCCUCCACCAGCUACGGACGGACUCCGAGCACGGGCUGUGCUUCCAGUGGCUGCCCGGGCUGCGCCGCUUCGGCCGUGAGAGCUGCCUCACGCUGGACAUCUACUCCCCCGCCAUCGUGAAGGGCCAACAAGGCGCCUCAGCCUUCCGGGUGGCCAAGGCCAAGCUGCCGGUCAUGGUCUUCAUCUUCGGGGGCGGCUUCCUGGUGGGAGACAAAUACCAGCAGGGCAUCUACGACGGCAGGAAGCUGGCUCGAAGUCAGAACGUGAUCAUCGUGAGCAUCAACUACAGGCUUGGAGUCCUUGGCUUCUUGCACCAUCCCGACCUGCGCGACAAGGACGGCCAGGCUCUCAUGAACUUUGGGCUGCGCGAUCAGCUGGAAGGUCUGAAGUGGGUGCACCAGAACAUCCAGAACUUCGGCGGGGACCCCGAUCGCAUCACUCUGGUGGGCGAGUCCGCUGGUGCCAUGUCCAUUUGCGCCCACAUGGCUUCGCCAGAAGCACGGCGCCUGUUCGAUGGGGUGAUCCUUGAGUCUACGAAUUGCGAUGGGCUCUUCAUUUGGCAACCGCAGAAGUAUGCAGAGGAGUGGGGUACCCGCUACAUCCGCUCCGUGUUCGGGCGGAUCCGGGGCUGCAACACGCUGCUGGGCAGCGAUCUGGAGCACUUCCAGGACACCGAGAAUGCUUGCAGCUCUCAAGAUACCGCCACCCUGGAGGAGGUAGCUGACCAGUGUCAGGACAUCUUCCGCGGCUCAACGACAUUGGGGCCCGACGCCAUCGCACAGCUGCUUCCCCUGGAAUGGACCGGAGGCUGCGAUGGCGAGUACGGCCACUGCCAUGACCCUCAACUGCCCUCUGGCACACCUCUAGACUUGGCGCUGCUGCGCUGUGCGGCCCGUUUGGACGUGGGCAAGGUGUGGGUGAACCAGUUCGGAAUCACGCACCGGCGUCCGCUGUCGCACGCCACGCUGCUGGAGAAGUUGGCAGGGCUGGAGUUCACCGGGAUGCCGCUGCCGCCCCAUCUGCCCUGGGCCCCCGUCGUCCAGCCACACGGACCGGUCGAUCUUCAUUAUGCUUCUGGCAGCGGGCUGAUGACUUUGCCAUCAAGGGUUCUGGCACAGGUUACGCCGAGGAUCAGCAUCGCGGCAGGUUUCAAUCGCGACGAGGGCACCCUGUUCUCCCUGCUGGUGCCGCACUUUUUGGGGGACGUGGACCGCAACGGGGACCUCGCGGAGCCGCAGUGGCGCGGCAUCGUGCAGCAGCUCGCGUGCCCCAACUACGGCGCCGCCUGCAACAUCUCCGGCUGCACCUACGUCGCGGAGUGCCAGGACCGCGUCACGCGGGUGCUGCGGGAAUACAGAUUCGAGGCAAGUCCAUCCAAACUUCGAGGAUCGUGCUGCUCGAAGGAUCCCAACACUUUGCGGCUGCACCGCAUGCUGACGGACUACUUGUUCGCAUGUCCCACCAUGCGCUUGAUGGACACCAUGGGCCGGAACUCUUCGCGGCGGUGGGCCUAUGAGUUUGAGGCCGAUGAUGAGCUUCCUUCCUGGAUUCCCGACAUCCGCGGCAGCUUGGGCGCCUUCCACGUGUCUGAGCUGCUCUUCGUCUUUGGCAACGAGGCGGGCCCCGGCGGCCACUUGCCCUCGGAGGGCGGCCUGCUGGGCAUGGGCCUUGGCUUCUCCAGCCAGGACAAGGUGAUCGCCCGGAAGAUGGCCAAUGGCUGGGGUGCUUUCGUGCGCCAGGAGGAGCCGCCAGAGUGGCCGGACCUGAGCAGCGACCAGGUGGCACGCUUCGUGCUGGACAUCCCGGGAAACGUGGAUUUUACGUCUCAGAGUGUGAUCAAAGAUACUCACCACUGCGCGUUUUGGAAUGUCAUGCUGGAGGAAAUGCUGUCUGACUUGAAAUGAAGUCCACUUUAAAAUGGAUUUCAGCGGGUCUGUGUUUUGUAUGCUUCAAGCCUGCGCGCUGACCAAAGGGUCACGCAUGUGUGUGUUUGUCUGCGUGUUUUUGCUUGUGCUGCGAAGCUGCGCAGCACCUGUCCAGCGCCGCGAGUGG